AGUCACAGCACUGUCAGAGAUGCUCUUGGGGGUGGAUGGACUGGACAGGCAAGAUUCCUGCCCUGCUCUGGGAAGCCUCAGCUGGGUUCAGCUUUGUGAGUUGGGCUCUAAGCUGUGUUAUUCUAUGAUUUGUGCUCUGCAGCUGGGCUUGAAUGGGAAGAAAAGGUGGUGGAGCUUGGCAGUGCUGCUGGGAUCCCAUGGCUGGACUCUGGAGGCUGAGUGGGUGCCAGUUGCUUUCGGGGUGGAUGAAUUCAGUUCAGAGAUGUGUGGCAUUGUGGAAAUUUCGAGUUGUGUUGUGGGGAAUGGGACAGGAGUAUUGCCUGUGUGUGCAGUGCUGACCUCCUGUCUCUGGGUGAGGAGGUUUGAGAAUGUGGUCACUGAAAUGCUGUCUUCUGAAAACCCAAGAUGAUGUAAAAGUAGUGCAUUUGUGGCAAGGAAAACCACUGUGGCAGGUGGCUCUUGAGAAGACACAUCUCCUUAAUACAGCCAUCCUGAAGUUUGGAAUCUGGCUUCCCAUAACAGCAGCUCCGAGCUCUCCGCUGGUCUCCUGCUGUGGCUCAGCUCUGCAGAAAAACCACUCGAGCUGGUUCUUGCCUUAGAAGAGCAUUUUUCUGCCCAAGUGAGUGUUCAGCAACCAGGGAAGGGCGGGAAGAAAGAAAAGUGCUGAAAUGGUGUCAGCCUCGAGCAGAGCAGUGAUGUGGGCUGACAGUUACUCAGCCGAAGGUUUUAAAGUUGUAUUUUCUCAAAAGCCCCUCCAGCAUGUGAGCAGUGAUCAGAACUGCAGCUAGAAGUCUGUAUCCAAGUUUUCAGACAUUUGGGUUUAGAAGUAUGGUUGUCACUUGCUAAAUGAGAAGAUCCCAGAGGUGUUUGACCAUGAAAUCUCAUUACAGAGGUGAGCAAAGUAGGUGAGAUCUCAUGCCUGCUUUUUUGAAAUAGUCUUAAAAUUCACUAAUUGCACCCCGUGGUCCAGGGCAGAUUCAGUGUUGUGACUGACUCUAAACAGAGCUUUCACUUUUUGUAAUUGAAAAGAAAAAAAUCCAUCUACUUCUGCUUCUUGGGUCUUUUUUGAAGCACAACUCCCUGGGGUACCUGAGCAGAGUUUGCUGCAGCUGUGUGCACAGUUGCUGAUGGAAAUCAGCUCAAAAUGUUCCUCUUGGUUUUGUGCAAAUAGGCUUUGAGUAGCUUCGAAGACUUUUUUUUCUUGCCACCCUGCACUGAACCCUGUGUGGUUUUAUCUGGGGAGAUGAAUCAGAGGCCAGGCAGAAUCAUCAUCAGCAGCACUUUGUUUUGCAGUGAAUUUAAUUUUGCUUUCAGGAAGCCCAGAUGAGGAACUUGCACCUUUUUUAGGACUCACAAAUAACUCCCAUGUCCUGGAGUAGCAACCCUUCUGCCUUUAGGGUGCCUGUGCUCAGGGGUCACACAAGGAGGGGAGGUCCCUGCUCAGAGGGUGUGGGUGUUGUCACAGGUACUCAAUGGUGGUGACUGCCCAUCUUCAAAGCCACCUGGGCUGGCAGAGCCAGUGCCUUCCCAAACGCUGCCAGCUGAGUCUCCUGCCCCGGGGAGCAGCCCCAGGACUGGGAGAUCGAUAAAUUUAUUGGCAGGAAAUUCAGGUCUAGGUUUCAGAAGGUCUGGCUGAGGCUUUGCCUUGCAAACCUGCUCAGUCCUACUUGAGCGUCUUCAGUCAGGCACCGAGUUCUGCUCGCAAAUCGGUGAUUUUGGGAGACCCAGCAUGUUGUCCCAAGAGGUGGCUUCUCCCAGAGGCUGCUGAGCCUAAACACUGAGGAGCAUGCCCUGCACAGUUCCACCGGUCAGAAAACCUGGAGCAGCCACUGACCUGCUCUACAGAAAGUGGGCCAGGAGAAUUUCUCUGCAUUCAUUUCUACUCAAGGAAGUCUCUCCUUUCAACCUUCAAAAUUCAGGGAUGGAAAAUCCCCCUGCUGUGGGAUAAGCUGCCCCUUGUGUGCCUGCCUCAGCAUGCUGAAAGCUCCCACCUUGAUUCCAACGCCACACCAGCUCCCGGCUGUCAAACCUCGUUAGAACUUUGUCUGCUCCACUCCAGAGCCUGCUCAGCUCUGCCCUGGCCCUGCAGCCCGUGAUUCCAUCACUCUAAUGAGCUGAGGAGCUCCAGGCUCUGUCUAAUGCACCGGCCCUGUUGCAGAGCUCAGCCCCGCAGUGGUGCUGGCAGCGGCACCCCCAUGGCUGCAGCCAGCGGCGAGGGGACAGCAGGGACCCGGCUCCUGCCAGCUGGCACUGCCCUGGCCCUGCUCGGUGGCCUGGUCUACCUGGGCACCCUGUGUGCUGCCUGUAAACGGAAGGGCAGGAAGAAAGUCGCUCCAGAUGGGGUGAAGCUCGUGGAUGAGGCCCUGCUCUGCCGGACACAGCUGCGGUCACUCAGCAAGUCCGACACGAAGCUGCACGAGCUGUACCGGGUGAAGGUCAGAGAUGAUGUCCAGCGUCCGGCCAGCCUGGAUCUCCCCUGUCCCACAGCCCCUGGAGGUGAAUCCCUGCACAGCUCUGGCCUCCUGCACCGUGAGCUGCCCCAGAUCCCCGUCCCUGAUCCCCCGGCUGCCUCCCCAGCCCCUGACCAGACCUACUCCAAUCUGCUCUUCACCCCGCUGCGGAAACCAGCGCCAGACUCUGUCUAUGAGUGCCUGGCAGUGGGGGGAGAGGAUGCCCCGGUGCCCCCCAUGCCAGCUGGCACCCAGGUGUCCCCUCCACGGGCUGUGCGUGGGGCAGCCGACUAUGCCUGUGUCCAUAAAGUGAAGAAGGUGGUGUCAGUGGAGGUGCAGCCUGGGGCUGUGGCAGGACCCCCUGGAGCACAGCACUGCUGGGAUGGUGCAGGCAGUGCCCCUCAGGCCAAGCUGGAGGAGAUGUACUCGACGGUGUGCAAAGCCACCAAGAAGAAAUCCCAGGUCCCUGCACCAACCCCGAGGGCUGUGAAGGAGGUGGGUUCUGGGUGGCCAGCCCCCCACCAGCAGGAGGGGGCCCCAGCAGCCCCAGGACCCCCUGACCCCUGUUACGAGUCCAUCAAUGACAGAGCAUGGACUGCUCAGGGCCGUGGCCCCGACCCCGACUAUGAGGCUGUGGACAUUAACUGGAAGAAAGCAGCAAAACGGGACAAGCCAGGGAAGCCCUGUGUCCCCGAGAACCUGUACGAGAGCGUGGUGGACAUUUGGGCAGGGGAGCCCCGGAAAGCCUCGGCCCGGACGGCGGCCAAUGGGCUGGAGGUUUAUAUCACCAACCUAUAGCCCCCGGGAGCAGGGCCAGUGCCACAGGGGGGUCCCAGCAGCCUGGACACCAUCGGGUGCCAAAGGGACAGUGCCAGCAGCCCUGUGCCCCCCGGAGCUGCUGUGUCCCUGCACUCUCUCUCUGUAUAGAUUUUCUGUUACUUUUCUAUGAGUGUCCUUGUCCCAUCCCAGCCCAGCUGGUGCCAGCAGGUUGAUGGUGGGGUGUCCCAAGAUGGGCAGUUUGGGGGUGCUGGGUGUUGUGUGGCACCCCAGUGAGACAGGGCUGGCACUGGCACCAAGAUGGGAACAGGGUGAGGACCGGUCAUGUUUUGGGGCAGGGGGUGAUGGGGCUGAAGCCAGCCCCAUGCCUUGGGCUGCAGGAUCAGACCCUCAUUGGGAGGUUUCUGCCAUGACUGAGAGGGUCUCUGUCCUCCUCAUACUGCCUGGGGGAGAGCAGGGCCCCCUCCAGCCCCCAGGAAGCCCUGAGAAGCUUUGCUCCCAUCACAGAACGUCCCUUGUUAUGGGGACAUGGGGUCAGCCCUGUGCCUUCAUGGAAUCAUAGAAUAUCCUGAGUUGGAAAGGACCCACAAGGCUUCAAGGGAUCAUUGAGUUCAUCUGAUCCUGCACAGGACAACACAGAAAUUUCACUGGUGUGGGCUGUGGGCUCUGCUCCAUCCUCCAUUCCCACCCUUUCAGACCCAAGCAAGGGUGUCUCCGUGGGCAGCCCUCUCCCAAACACCAUUAAAAGGCUGAGAGAUGGU